CGCGAUAAGAGACAUGUAAACAAAUUUCUCUUUUGAGUAUUAAGACUCUACGAAGUGGUGGUCUGUUGCAUUUGUAGUUUGCAGUUACGAAUGUUGAGAAUUUUAAAAGUGAUUCACCGAGGCUAUGUCAGGUGCUUGCUAGGUGAAUGGCUUUAGUCAGUGCAGUACGAUAACCUUUGAAGCAGGCACCUUUCAUUAACUAUGGCUUUUAAUUCGGAAUAGAGAAUCACCAUAGCUAUGGAUGAAUGUAUGCUUAAUGAUUUGCUAGAAUGUUCAGUGUGCUUGGAAAGAUUAGAUACAUCAAGUAAAGUCCUACCAUGCCAACAUACCUUUUGUAAGAAGUGCUUGGAAGAAAUUAUAAUCACGCACAGGGAAUUGCGUUGUCCUGAAUGUCGGAUUCUGGUCAGUGUCAAAGUCGAAGAUCUGCCGCCUAAUGUUCUUCUCAUGAGGAUAUUGGAGGGCAUGAAAAAUGCUACUCCAAAGGGUAACAAAACACCUCAAAGGACCAUUAAUACUCCUCAAAGGUUACUUGGUGGACAUCAAAUUACUCCAAACAGUUUGAGUGUCAGUCCAAACUUACCAGUAGCAAUAGUCACACCUGAAUCAGCACAACAGAUUAAUGUAGCUGCUAAGCAAGUCCAUCUUCACAAUCGACCUUAUGGUCGUGCCAUUUACGACUAUAUUUCCAAGGUUCCAGGUGAUCUAAGCUUUCGAAAAGGUGACAUAAUUAUUUUAAGGAAAAAGAUUGAUAAUAAUUGGUAUUUUGGAGAAUGCGGAACUAACCAUGGUGUCUUUCCUUUAUCGUAUGUUCAAGUAAUGACUCCUUUACCUCCACAUGUUCCUCAAUGUAAAGCUCUCUAUGACUUUAGAAUGUCAAAUGAUGAUGAAGAUGGGUGUCUCACUUUCAAUAAGGGAGAAAUUAUUAGUGUCAUCAGAAGGGUUGAUGAGAAUUGGGCAGAAGGUAAACUUCUUGACAGGAUUGGUAUUUUUCCGCUAGCUUUUGUCGAGCUCAAUAGUGUUGCUAGAGCUUUGAUGAAAUUGUCCACAAAUGUUCAACCUGGUCCAUCAAGAGUUGCACCACCCACACCUACAAAUGAAGAGACCAUUCCGUUAAUACCCACAGACCAUACUCACACAGUUCAAACAUCAAAUCAACUAAGGCAACAACCAACACCGACAGUAUCGCUACCAACAACCGAGUCGAAUGUUUCUUCAGGCGGAAGUUCUACGACAACCUCGUCACCAGUAAUCACAAGUCCAAGUUCAAGUAGUUCGAGCACGACACCGAGUAGCCCGAGUAGUCCUGCCAUGUCACCACCCGCGGUAGCUAAUCGACAUAGUACGAAAAGGCACAGUUUCACGGGAGUCAACAACUUUCAUCAACCUCAACCGCAACAUCGACACAGUGCUGAAAUUCUUAGUGCUGCGGUUGAUGCCGCACUUGCUGGGGGCGAAGCUAUGACUAAUGAUCCGACUUUUACUUCGAGUCAAACAAUUGGAAGUGCAGGUGAUGUUAACCCACGCCAUAAGCGUAGUGGUAGCAGUGAUUUGGUGCUCGGUCAAUCGUCUUCAAUGACCAGUAGUGCACCUGCUGGAUCUGUGGCAGCGUCAGCAGUAUCGGCCUCAGGAAUAUCGACAGCAAAUGGAAGCAGCAAUUUACCCGCGAGUUAUAUCGCUUUGUAUCCAUAUAAACCACAGAAAGGUGACGAAUUGGAGUUGAGGAAAGGAGCCAUUUAUGUUGUGACAGAAAGGUGUCAGGAUGGUUGGUUCAAGGGCACUUCGAAUCGUACACAGAAAUGCGGUGUGUUUCCUGGAAAUUAUGUCGCACCUGCCAAAUGUCAGCGAACGAUCUCCCGAUCUCCAAGUGCAGUACCCUCGCCAAGUACCGCGUCGAGCCAAGUGUCCGGUGCCGAAGCCCGACCGACAAUCACUUACACUAAAGUCAAAGGUGCCACACCACAGUCACAAUUUAAAUUACCACCUCCUGAACUGCCACCUCGAGCCUUGAGUCCCGCGCCAACCAGCACUUGGGGUCCGUGGAGUAAUCAAAGACAACAGCAACAACAAAACAAGACCCAAAGUCCGCCCAGAUUGUCUGAACAAACUGGUUCGACUGCUGCCGUUGCUGCUGUAGCUGUUGCUGUUGCGAAGAAUCAUGAUAGUUUACCUUUGGCAACUAUGAAUUCUCCCGGUAAACUCGCAUUACCCUCAUUAACAACUGCCACUACUUCACCUUUGGCUGCCACAACUUCUACCAGUAGUUCUAAUAAAAGUCCUAUCAAUACACCGCAUACGGCGUCAGCAUCUGCAAGUUUAUCUACCCCAGCUAUGAAACCAAAGUCUGUGGAAGAUAAAUUUCAGAAGAUCAAAGAUAAGAAGGAAAAAAUGUCGCUAAUGCAGCGUCUGGCAAGCAUAAAGAAAUCAAAAUCGCCUCCGCCGUCGACUUAUUCAAUGGACAAUCCAGUAUUUGAUGACGGAAAUACAAGUCAAUCUUCAUCAAUCAAUCCAAUUCACGUCCGAUCAGGCUCGUGCCCAAGCCAAUUACUGCAGGUAGGAGCUGCGCAGGAACUAAACAUUUCCACGAAUAGCCACCAUCGCAUGCACCCUGUUCACGGAUACGGCACUACUUCACAGCGUGUCAAACACAAGGAGAGACCCUCCUUACCAGCUACUUUUCUUCAAAGGUCCACAGAUGCUGGUGGCGCUGAUACAUUGAAUAGUAUUCAUCGUAAAAGUCAUUCGUUAGAUGCUGGAAGAGCAAAGCAAGUGAAACAACAGUCUUCAACAAGGGACCGUGAACGAGUGUACAGAUUCCGUUGUAUCGUACCCUACCCACCAAACAGCGAAUUCGAAUUAGAGUUACGCGUAGGUGAUAUAAUCUACGUCCAUAAAAAGCGCGAAGAUGGUUGGUACAAAGGUACGCAACAACGUACUGGACGCACGGGACUUUUUCCUGCGAGCUUCGUUGAGGCUUUCUGAGAUCCAAGGAGCUCUGCGUCCUUACUUCUCGAAACCUGUAUAUAGAGGCGUUGGUUCUUCGAAUGAUUCAGUUGAGUAUGUAUAUUGGUGAUUUAUUUUUUUAACGUGUUUUCUGCACGAAAAAUACAGUUAUAAAAAAAGAAUUCAAGAUGUUUCUGUUUAGUAGAUUGUUUUGUAAAUUUUAAAUAGUACAAACUCGUGUGAAUAAAUGUAAACUAUAAAAAGUGAUAAUAAUUUUGAAAAAUCACCAAUACCAAUACCAACCAUUUAAUUUGAAAUGUAAAUAACACGGUCAUCGUCUAAUUCUGAUAUGGGAAGCGUGUCAAACUAGGAUUACGAAGUGAUAAUUAAACUAAAAUUUUUCAACCAAUACUAGAUAUUUAAACAAAAUGUUGAAAAACUGGAUUUUAGAAAGAAUUUUAAUUUUUACCAGUCAAAAAAUUAGUGAUUCACGUGAUAAUUAAGUUUGACGGAAAAAAGAGAUGAGAGAACAGUUGAUCAGACGCGUAUUACACAUUGAAAGCUUAUAUUUACAUGUAUGUACAUAGAGGCAUAGCUAAUCUUGGCUGUUGAUUAACGCAUAGUAGAUUUAGAUGAUAGAUGGUUUAAGCAAUAAGUAUUAAAAUGUAAUAUAGUAUUAAAGUUGAAUAUGUUCGCACUUCAAUUUUUAUGAUAAUUAAUAAACUUAGACUUCUUGUGUAUUUUCACUACAUAUGUUAAGUUAGAUAUAGAAGCUUUUGAAUUUUUUUUAUACGGUAGAAUUAGUAGACUUCAUUAUGAUUUGUUUAGCAUUACAGUAAAGGUUUUCGAGCUAUUAAAAAAUGUUACUAUUGUAAAGUAAAUUCCUAUCUUCUUAUGUUAUAGAAUGAUCAAUAAUUUCAUAAUGUGUUAAUAUAGUUUAAUAAGUUGAUCAAUCCUUGAAGGAAUAAUUUUACUUAUUCUAUCUUCGUAUUUAGUGUAAAUACAUUAAACAUUUAUGGUGGCAAUGCGCUCUGAUCGACUUUAAAGUAUCGUCUCGGCAAAAGCCAAAGUGUGUAUAUUAUACAGGUAGAAUAGAACAUUUAUACUUGACAAUUUUUCACGCCGCAAAACGAGAACAACGUGUAACGAAAAAAAGAGGAGACAGAGAGUAAUGUGAUAUGCGCAAAGAAUUUUAGCGAAUUGUAAUCGUUGCGAGCUUCGCCGGACGACUUUAAAUAUAGAAAAAGAAAAUAAACUGCCAUGAAUACGUAUACUGAAGUAGACAUGACUGCUGAUAAUCGUAUUUAGUAGUAUCAUUAUCGAUGAAUUGAAUUAUAAUCUUAAGUGUUAAAUUUUGUGCAAUGAUUGGACUGCCAUUUGAUAUGUUACGUUUUUUGGCAUUGAUAUAAAAAAGCGGGGAAAGCAAGUCUCAGAGAAACUGAUUGGUUCUUUUUUGACUAUGUCAUAUUGCAUAACGUUUAAGAAAAUUGGUAAAACCAUGUAGAUUUUGUAUCAAUUUUUAUUGAAUAUUAACAAUAAUUUACUAUUUUCAUAGUAUUUGGUCUUUUUAUAAUAACUUUUUUCAGUGUACAUUUGCUAAUAAUAGCACUGAUAUUGCUUUAAGUUUCGUAAAUCUACAUAUAUGUAUUAUACUUACACUGAGCAUCGAAAUAAUAUUGAUCACAAGAUAUAGUCGUGCUUCCAGUGUUCACUCGUCAGUAUUUCGUAGUAUACUUGUGUUUCACGUGCCAGCGCCUUAUUAACUUGGAAUCUUGAAUGUUAUAUACUGAAUAAUUUAUUCAUUGUCAUUUGAAAAAUGCACUUUAAUAAUUACUAAAAUUAUAUUUACACAACGUACAUGAAUUGAUCAAAACCACUUACAAAUCGAUGCUCAAGCAAAUGAUUAAAGAAAUAAGAAAAAACAUUUAUUAGACAUUAAAUUGAUAGCUAUUGCCAAAAUCAGUGUUAUCGGUAUUUUUAUUAUAAUGUUUAAUUUUGAAUUAUUAAGUUGAUCGGCCAUCGUAGUGUUGAUAAUUUUUAUUUAUUAUUAUUAAUGAUUGAAAUACAACUUUUAUUGUUUUAAUUUUAUUACACAUGAAUAAACUAAAGCGGUAUGCCAUUGUAAAUUAUAUAAUGAAUGAUUACAAAGUUUACUUGUAAAAAUUGGACCUUAUAACUAUUAUUUAUUGUAAAAAAGCAUUUGAAAUGAAAUUUGUACGGAUAUAAAAUAUCUCAUAGUUUAAUCUCUCCGUAACAUAUUGUGUGAAAUUGUUGUUAUCGAUUUUUUGUACGUGUAUUUGGUGUUGCAACACGCACAUGUUCAGAAGAAGUGGCGUCACGUAUAUGGAUUUUGGAAGAUAAAUAAAUUCUUUCGUACAUAAAGUAAUAGAGUGCAUACAUUUUAUGUACUUAAAUAAUCAAUCUAUUGAAAUAAAUUAAACUCAAUUUUGAUACUCUGAAUGUCAUUUAAUGUUAGUCUUCUAUUUAGUCAAUUUUCAUUGUCUCUUAUUAUUAAAAUGCGUGUGUGUUGAUUGACUAUGAAUUAAUAGGUGUGGUUUUAUACGUUGACAAAUUCCAAGAGAAUAUGCCGUCAGAAACUUCAUUCGCGUUAUAAUUCAGGAAAUGGCUUUUCAGAUCAACAUAAUUUCAAACGAAAAUAGAUUUCCAUUUGGAUGAGGAAACAAUCUGUAUGCCAUUUCAAUUUUGUAAAAAAUUAUAUGAAAGAUCAACGAUUGAUAAAUGGAUGCAGUUUAUAAAAAUUUUUUAUAAUUAACUGGUGCCCAUUCACGCGGAAAGUGUAGCAUAUAUAAUUUUGCUGGUGUAAGAAGUGCACAUUAUAUUGUCAAUAUAAAUUACAAUCAACUGCAAAAAGAUACACAAAACAACGUUAUCCAUAUCAAAUUCUCCCUCAUUCGCCGAUGUGUACUGCCUCAAAUACGUCCGUUGAAAGAUACUACUUUACUUAGUACUAACCGUAUCAGAUUCGUGAAUGUUUGUAUAAAAAGAUGUAACAAAAAAAAACAGGAAAAACAUUAGUUUUUAAGUAACGUAUUAUUAGUAAUGAAACAAAAGAUUGAACAUAAUUUGAAAAAAUAUGCGAUAAACGGAAGUGAAAUGUAUCGCAAAAUUGUAGCUUUAAAUUUAUAAUAAAUGUAACAUGUAAGUAUAGACACGACGACCAAGAUAGUCAAGAGAGGAACAAAAUAAAAUGAUAACUUCGUGUAACUUUUAUUUCAACGCUUCGAUCUGGUGUUGAGUCCACCCGUUAGCAAUAAAGCAAGUACCUUCGAUUUUCGUAUGUACAUAAGCGCGACAGAAAUGUUUAAGCACAACCUGCCAUAGGUGGUCGAAAAGACGCGAAAAAGAAAACCGACACAUCUAUAACAUAGACGCAGACACAGUCACACGACAAACAGUUGUAACCUACCACUUUAAUUUAUUAUCAGUAUUUAUAACUUUUAGAUUUCAAGGGUAAAACAAAUAUACUACGAUUUGCUUUACACGAUUGAUAUAUAUACAAAUGUAUAUGUAUGUAUCUCAAACAUAUAUUUUUCCGUUCCAUUUCGAAGUCGAAAUACAAAUGAUUGAUUAAACAAAAAUUUAGGUAGACUGCGAAAUUCGUAAGUUUUCGAUUGGGAUUUUUUUCAAGAUUAAUCGACUAUCAGUAAUGAUGUCUUAGCUAUAUGCUACUACGCGAAAUGUGCAAGAGUUUACAAGUGCUCUCGACGUCAUUUUCACGAUACAAAUUGUAGACUUGUCUAAUACCUAACUGAUUAGUAUCCAUAAUAAAUG